UCGAGUCUCAACUCCUAUUAAUAAAAGCCAUGAACGCUUGAUCUUCUCGCACACCCUCCACCAAAUGGCUUCUUCUUCCCUGCUUCUCACUUUUACUCUCCUUGCUCUGUGGCCACUCGGUCACGCUUCGCUCAUUCUAACACUCGUCAAUAACUGCCCCUACACGGUUUGGCCAGCAAUCCAGCCCAACGCGGGCCACCCGGUCAUUGAAAAGGGCGGAUUCGCUCUCUCCAGCCUGACCCACCGCUCCUUCCCCGCCCCGACCCAGCACUGGACGGGUCGGAUCUGGGCCCGUACAGCCUGUAACUAUGCCCAUGGCCACUUCUCCUGCGCCACAGGUGAUUGUGGCAACCGCCUCGAGUGUAAUGGCCUUGGUGGGGUCCCCCCAGCAACUCUCGUUCAGGUCAGUCUCCACCACGGCCACACCGACCUCUCCUCGUACGGCGUUAGCCUCGUGGACGGUUUUAACAUCCCCAUGACUGUGACUCCACACGAAGGAAAGGGUGUUUGUCCUGUUGUGGGAUGCAAGGCUAAUUUGCUUGCCACGUGUCCUGACAAAUUGAAGGUUCAGUCACCGCCGGGUCACGGGCCGGUUGUGGCGUGUAAGAGCGCGUGCGAGGCGUUUAAGACGGACGAGUUCUGCUGUAGGAAUCAUUACAAUAGCCCACAGACGUGUAGGGGUUCAACCUUCUCGGAGUUCUUCAAGCAUUCUUGUCCUGCCACGUUUACCUAUGCGCAUGAUACUCCAUCACUUAUGCAUGACUGUUCAUCUCCACGUGAGCUUAAGGUCAUAUUCUGUCACUAGACAUUCUCUCUGUUUAGUAGUUCAGAAAGUGUGUUAUGCUCUUCUUCUUUUCUUGAAAGGGUUGUAGUAGAAGUGAAGAAAAUGAAAAUCUGUAACCUUUAGAGUUAUAUUCUAUGAGUAUCCUGCGUUUUGUUAGUGUC